AUGUCAACCCUAUUCGCCAGCGGUGUCCUUCAGGUGCCCAUUUCACAGGUCCAGAAUCAAUACCAGCCAUGGUACAAAAAGUUGCUUCAGCACCAUCAGAACGCCGGCUGGUCGUUCACCUCCUGCUCACCAUCCUCACCACAGCAACUACAACUGCAGCUGCAGGAGAAGUACCGAUUGCUGAUAGAAAAGCAGAAGAACUCCAGACAAGACUGGUGGACCAAGUGGGGGCCGUCGCCUCAAACAGCAACGCGGUGCGACUCGCUGCACCUCUUCUCAAACGACAGCGAUGACUCGUGGGUCAAGCCUCCCCAACAGCUAUAUGUUCCAGUGGGCACCAUGAAUCAGACGUUUUGGUCCCCGCAGCUGCACCAACAGCAGCAGCAGCAGCAGCGACAAAAUAUCUCUCUGAGCUCACAAGCAAAUGACGUUCUGCAUCCUUACCAGCAGAUCGCGGAGGGGCUGCGAGCCUGGGAGAGCUUGGGGACUCGGUGUUACGAUAAAGAGCUGAAUCUGGAAAAGAUGAGAGAACAAGAGGCCAUAGACAAAGCGGCGCAAGCUGUCCGGCUUCAGAGAGAGCUGGAGCAACUCCUACAACUGAAAGAGCGCGUGAAAUCCCGCCUCGUGGAGAUGUCGCAGGCGCAUGAUCACCAGGCAGCUCAGAAACAGAUGCAGGAAGCUCUCCUGGCUAAGGGUCACGGUCAGAACCUGUACCACGCGGCGUUUGCCAGUCCUUAUAAUGUGGAAGGUUCUCGUCGCUCGCCCACUUACUGUCAGCACUCUCCGAUUUACCGACAUGGGCAAGACACAGGCGCCCGGACAAAUUCCGAGAGCUUUCGAUCGGGAUCCGAGAGUUUCCGAGAGCAGCUUCUACAGCAGUACGAGCAGAUUCUACGUCAGAACACCAGCCUAGACUUGGACUGUCGACGGAAGGAGCUGCACCUUCGACCUUCAACGUACCCGAAAGAAACAACGAUUCAUUAUCAUAGCGCAGGCGGGCAAGGUAGAAAGGAUGCACAAGAGAGGGCAGUGCAUUACACCAUGCCCAAACAGGAUAUGACGCAGCAGUUUCCGUGGAGGAAUAAAGACAAGAUUCGACCUCUGCGCAAGAGCACGGUGAAGCCGCAGCACUCCUCGCCGCGGGAAGGGCGAAGUUCGUCAAUCUCAGAGUUCGUGGAGUUUAACGCAACAGACUCCGAGCCAAGGCCAUGGACAGAUCGGGACAAGAUGGCGGACCCUGACGGUGAAGAGAGGAAAGACUCAGAAUGCUUCCUUCAGUCAAACACUGUAGGUCACCCACAGGCUGACGAGCAUACUGAUGGUAAAGAUAUAGCCAGCCAGAUAAAAUGGGACACUGAAAAAAGUAGUGCCAAGUCUGAACAGCCUGAUUUCCUUCAGAAUGGUUACGAAGUCGAGAACAAAUGUCUCGCUGGUGAACAGAGCUCGGGCCUAAAUGAGAAUUUAAUUCAGGGCAAAAGUGUCUCCAUAGAACAAGACGGUUCUAAACAAGAUAAUUUAGAACAUGUUCUUUCUCUUCUGAGGAAGGGAAAGCGCGAAGAUGUCAGAGCGGAAGCGGAUUCAAUCCAGUCAGAUACAACCAGGAGCAAGCAGGAUUCUUUCACCGAGACAUCAGAUCUCAAACAAUGUCCAUCGUCACAAGAGUCCAGCGAAAGGACGCCAGACGACAGGCAGAACAAACGCCGUUCCAGCAAGAAACAAAAAGAGAAGGCGAGUGGAACCACACACAACGGCCAUGUCGAAACACAGACACGUGCGCAAGAGGACGUCAGGGCGACUGAUCCGAAGGAGCAGCGGUCUCGCAACAAGUACAACAGCCGUCGACAGCAAAGGACUGCUGCAGCGUCCCGUCACUCUUUGGACGACCGACAGCAGCACGAUGCAGCUGCUGAUGACGCCACUGCAGCAUUGCAGCCCUUCGAGCGGAAGAUGACCAAUACGCAGGCGCACAGGCAGCAGGAAAGGACGCAGCCGUACCCACGCCGGAGGGAACCUCGCAACCGAAGUGAGGGUCAGGAGGAUCUCGAAGGGAGAGCUCAGCCUCCUCGUCGGCGCUGGGGGUUGAUGAAAGGUCAGCAAAGGUACUUCCGGUCCAGCGCCAGAGGGAGAGAAAGUCGCGCAGAGAGCUGGGGAAAACCUCAAGUACGUCGCUGCAAUCAGCAUGCUCUUAGGUCUUCGCAGCAUAGAAGGAACGCGGAAAAUCUGAGUGUCGAGGAGGAGGAGGAUGCGAAAGCUUCCAAGGGAGAAGAAAUGGAGAAAACCACGACUGAAGGCGAGGACAUUUUUGUCUCGCCCGUGCACUUGCAAGAAGAGCAGUUUGAAACUCAACAACAGCAGAUGGUCUCCAGCAAACUGAACCAGCAGGAAGAUGUGCAGCAGCAACAACAGGAAACGACGACGGCUAAGAGGUCAGAGGUCAGCGAAACAGAAGAGGGAAGGAUUAGCGCCGAAAACUCUGCGCGUCUAGUGUCGAUCGAGCACGAAGUGAUAGGAUAUGACGUCACCUCGGAGGUACUAACCACGGAAAAGAUUGAAAACGAAGAAGCAGGGGAUGUCGAAGAUGAAUACAUCGGUGGUACUUUGGACGAGAACUUGAAUCCCGCAAGCGUCAGACGGCAAGACGGAACAUCAGACAGUACUGGUUGCAUUGCCAUGGAUGAUAACAUACGUGAUAAGAAAUCUGAGCCAGAGUGCACUUCUGCUAGUAAUCUGGUCCCUUCGGAGAACAGCCAGCAAGAUGGGGAGUAUAUUUCUGACUCUGAACUGAUGAAAACCGCCCCUGUAGCAAGUGCUGUACCAGACAACGAGCUCGAAGCAGCCUCGCAAAUCACGGAAAUCGCAAGAGAUUCUUGUGCAAGGAUGUUGGAUGCGGCUGCCCCCGAGGACAUGGGAACACAUGGCGGGUCAUGGAGGGCGGAUGAAAGGGAGAGAACUGCAGAAAACGGAUCCCCAUCCAGCGGCGAGAUGCUGGCUCCUUUGCCGCCGCCAACUGCCCAGCAUAAAGUAGAAAGUUUCUUUGUGAAACAGAUCGUCUUUGAAUUUCACCCUCGGGAUGCCACAGAAAACGAAACUUGUUUACUACCAAGCGGACAGACGUCGGGACAGUACCAAGUAAGGACUUAAGUAUAUCCAUAUCAAGCAGUUUACAAAAUCAGGA